AUGCAUUUCUAGUUUUCAAAUCUUCUUGGCACUGUUUAUCAGAAAGGAAAUGUUGAGUUUACUACAACAGGAGAUUGUGUUGUUAGCCCUGUUGGAAACAAAGUAACUGUCUUCGAUUUGAAAAACAAUAAAUCAUGGACUCUUCCAUUUGAGAAUCGUGUUAACAUAAGCAGAAUAUGUUUAUCUCCUAACGACACGACAUUGAUUACAGUAGAUGAAGAGGGUCGGUGCAUUCUUGCUAACUUCAGAACAAAGUGUGCUCUACAUUAUUUUAAUUUCAAAAAACCAGUAGAAGAUAUCAAAUUCAGUCCAAAUGGAAAAUAUAUUGCCGUCACACAUGGAAAACACAUUCAAGUUUGGGUUGCACCUGGUCAUACCAAGGAGUUUGCUCCAUUUGUAUUGCACAGGACRUAUACUGGACAUUAUGAUGAUGCCACAUGCAUUGACUGGUCAGCUGACUCCAGGUUUUUUAUAGUUGGUAGCAAGGAUAUGUCUGCAAGAAUUUACUCACUYAAUCCAAUGGAAAACUUUAAACCUGUCACUCUGUCAGGUCAUCGCAAUUCUGUUGUAGGAUGUUUUUUUGUUGGAAGUACCCUUGAUGCAUACACAAUAGGUAGUAAUGGAAUCCUGUUAAAAUGGAAAUGCUCCACAAGUCCUGAACAAAUCAUUGCAAAAGAUAAAUCCAAAGAAGAAGAUAAUGAAAGAGAUAAAGAUUCACUUGUCAGUUAUAGCAAGGAAGGAAAGCACUUCUUUGAAAAAGAAAAUUUCACUAAUGUCACAAGUUGUACAAUGCAUAAACCAAGYCAAAUACUGAUUGUGGGAUUUUCAAAUGGCAUGUUUACAAUACAUGAAAUGCCAGACUUUAAUCUAAUUCAAACCUUAAGUAUAUCACAGAAGACAGUGUCAUCGGUAGCUGUCAAUCCAUCAGGUGAAUGGCUGGCAUUUGGUUGCGCUAACAUUGGCCAGUUACUGGUAUGGGAAUGGCAAAGUGAGAGUUAUAUACUAAAGCAACAAGGUCAUUACUAUGACAUGAAUUUCCUGGCAUAUUCUCCAGAUGGAAAUUAUAUAGCAACUGGUGGAGACRAUGCAAAGGUCAAGCUUUGGAAUACUAUGACAGGYUUCUGUUUUGUGACGUUCAAAGAACACUCAGCAGCAGUAACAGCUGUGUUAUUUAAUGCUAAUGGACAAGUAGUUCUCAGCUCUUCUCUUGAUGGCACUGUSAGGGCAUUUGACCUUAAUAGAUAUCGUAAUUUCCGCACAUUUACCUCACCACGUCCAGCACAGUUUUCUUGCCUGGCUUUGGAUAAAAGUGGAGAUGUUGUCAGUGCAGGUUCAUUAGAUACAUUUGAAAUUUUUGUCUGGUCCAUGCAAACUGGUCGUUUGCUGGAAGUUCUGUCUGGACAUGAGGCACCAGUUUCAGGGUUGGAGUUCAGCCCAGCUCAACCUCUAUUGAUAUCAUCUUCAUGGGACAAGACAGUUAAAGUGUGGAAUAUGUUUGAGAGCAAUGUUAGCCGUGAAACWCUUGAUCUUACAUCAGACGUUGUUACCAUUAGCAUUAGACCAGAUGGAAAGCAGAUAGCUGUAUCGACUCUGGAUGGAACUGUGACAUUCUGGGACAUACAAUCGGCAACCCAAGUCAAAUCAGUAGAUGGCCGUAAAGAUUUAGGUGGAGGCAGAAGAAAGACUGACCUGAUAACUGCAAAAUCAGCUUCAUUUGGAAAGUGUUUUAAUAGUGUGUGCUACACAGCCGAUGGUCAGUGUAUUCUUGCUGGGGGGAGAUCAAAAUUUGUGUGUAUUUAUAACAUUGAGCAACAGAUACUCAUAAAGAGAUUCCAAGUUUCUAGUAAUAAAUCAUUCGAUGGUAUGCAGUUUGAUCCCUUUGACUUGGAUACUGAUGUUACACCAGAUAACAUAAGAAAAGUGUUGGCAAAGGGAGAGUUUAGUAGGGCCCUGGUACUGAGCUUCAGAUUAAAUGAACAAGAAAUUAUACGAGARGUUGUGGAGAAUAUCAAGACAGCUGACAUACUGUUAGUUGCACAGUCCUUAUCAGAUGUAUAUGUUGACAAGAUGUUAUGGUUUGUGGCUGGUGAACUGGAAUCAUCUCGACAUCUUGAGUUUUAUUURUUGUGGUGUAAGGAACUAUUUGCUGUUCAUGGACAUUCAAUAAAACAAAGGUCUGGACAAAUCAUGCAUAUUUUGAGAACACUGCAGAAGAACAUGACAAAACAUCAGGAAGAUUUAGGAAAACUGUGUUCAAGCAAUUCUUACAGUCUAUCAUAUUUAUUGUCCACUGCYGACUUGUUGAAAAAUAACAAACGAACUGCUCAACAAGAACUUGAAGAACCAGACAUAUAGUUGUCAUGAAUGUAUGGUUGCCAUCUAUGCUCCCUCAAUUUAUGGGUCCAGAGACAGGAAAAAAAAAUGAGGUGUUGGAGGUGGAUGCAAUAAGCUGAAAAACCAAGUUUCUUCAUAGAGGCUCACUAAUGCCUCAUAUCAUAGGGUUUUUGGGUCUUGUCACCUUGACUUGAAAAGAAAAUUUCUUACUUUAGACAUGUAAAUAUGUAUACUCAUGACUGUGUGAAAAUGUAAACAAAAGAAAACAUGGUAGUUUUUGC